AUGUCCGAACUCAUCGAAAUCUCCACCUUCACCAUCAAAAACAACCCCCCCGCGCCCCCUCCCCUCGUCCUCUCCGCCCUCAAGACCCUCGCCGUAGCCCCAGACAUCGUCGCCGUCUACUUUGGCGCCCACGUCGAGUCCCCCACGACAUACACCUCCGUCGCCCGCUGGUCCUCCAAGGCCGCCCGCGACGCCUUCGUCCACAACCCCUCCUUUGAAGACUGGAGGACCUCCUUCACCAAGGACAUCGACACCCUCCUUGUCCUGGCCAGCAAGGGCAGCGAUGGUGAUAGCGGCGGCGACCCUGCUGUCCCGCUCGAGGCCCCCUGCACCGAAAUCUUCACCAGCUUCGGCGCGGAAGACGACUACUUGGAGAAUCGCCUCAAACCAUUCGCAAAGGCCAUCGCGAGCGCCGACCCGCCGGGCCUCGUCGGCGCCGGCUUCGCGGACGAGUUCGCCCCCGUGAGGCACGUCGGCGUCGACGAGCCCAAGGCCAAGAUCUCCGUCCUGCUGCAGGGCUGGAAUUCAAAGGCCGACCACGAGGCCCAGAAGGGAGAUGGCAAAGUGAUUGACAAGCAUAUCCAUCUCGUCAGGUCAGGCCGUAAAUCUGUUAGCUUGUUCCAUGUCCAUUUCGAGAAGCUUUAG